AUGACACAGGAUAAAUGCCUCGUUGAUGUUCACACGCACGUCUACUUGCCAGAGUAUCUGGAGCUACUUCGUCGUCGCGAACAAGUUCCCCGUGUAUUACCACCGCUUGAAGAAGGUCUAGACGAGCGUCUGAUCAUCCUGCCCGACGAAGACAAGGGCGAGUCCACCAAGAACGGCCGGCCAGUAGGUGCAGCAUACUACGACGUGCGUGAGAAACUGGCGUUUAUGGACAAGCACGACAUUGAUAUCUCCGUGGUCAGCUUAGCCAAUCCAUGGAUCGAUUUCUUGCCACCCACGCAAGAAACGUUUGACCUGGCGCGCCGACUGAACAUUUCCAUGGAGAACAUGUGCCAAGAGCCCAUCACGCAAGGCCGCCUGUACGGUAUGGGCACGUUGCCACUGUCGUCGGUCAAAGGAUCUGUAGCAGAAGUGGAACAUAUUGCAAGUCUGCCGCGCAUGCGUGGUGUGAUUAUGGGCACUUUUGGUUGUGGUGGCAAAGGGUUGGAUGAUCCGGCGCUGGUACCGCUGUUUGAAGCCAUUGCAAAGCACAAUCUGACCAUCUUUUUACACCCACACUAUGGUGUCAACUUGCCUGCUUCUGGCAACACGGAUGCAGGCCAUUCGCUCGCAUUGGCGUUGGGCUUCCCGUUCGAGACCACCUAUGCCGUCUCACGGCUUAUCUUGUCCGGCAUCUUUGACCGAGUUCCGGACCUCAAAAUCUUGUUGGCACAUUCGGGUGGCACAUUGCCUUUCCUUGCCGGUCGUCUGGAUUCCUGCGUCGCGCAUGAUCCCGCCGUUGCUUCCAAGCUCGAACAUCCCCCUUCGCACUAUCUCAAGAAACUCUACUUUGAUGCUGUCAUUUACCACGCAACAGGUGUCAAGGCAACUGCCGAUUUUGUCGACCCAAGUCAAAUCAUGUUUGGCACCGAUCAUCCGUUCUUUCCUCCUCUUGAGUCCAAGGACGCUCGGUGGAUGUCUGUAGAUAGUAAUUUGGCAGCUAUUUCUAAUGCUGGAUUGGAUGAGCCCGCCGUGGCAGGCAUUCUGGGUAAAAACGCAUUGAGAAUUUUCAAUCUGGAGAUGCCUUGCGAAAAUGAGUAA